GAGAUCCGGAUGGGCCAACCACCCUAUGGGCCUUGACCUGGGCCAUUGCUCCCCUCUCUCUCCGCACUCGGCGUACGGUAGCACUGCUCCCCAUUUAUGCUCAGCGACCCUCGCUUCAAUCCCCGGAGUGCGUUCUCUCUCAGCAAACUCACUCCUUUCUUCUGUCCGACGCCAUAGCUGUGAAAGAUCCGCUAAAGGCCCGUGAAUUUAGGGUUUUUCCAUCUAGGAACAGUUUUGUUUGUGUUUCGAGUUUUUUAAGUGUGAUUGAAUGGAUGAUACUGAGGAUGAUGCGAGGUAUCCACCCAACCCCUAUGGUGUGAAUAACCAGCAGGGGUAUGGUUCUACACAGCGACCGAAGCUUCCUGUCCGUAACAUUCCAUAUUCUCAGCCAAUUGGCAAUCAGUAUGUUGAUGAUGAUGAUGAUGAUGAUGAUGGUGGAGAUGGUGAUGAUGAUGAUGAAGAGGAAGUUGAUGAAGAAGAAGAUGAUGACAACAUUGAAAAUGACAAUGUUCAGCCAAUGGGCAAAAACAAGGAUGAAGAUGAGGAUGACGAUGAUGACAACGAUGAUGAUGAGGAUGAAGAUGAUGAGGGAAAAAAUUAUUAUAGGAAAACUGAUAAUGUAGAUUUAGAAAGACAUCCAAAGAAGCGGAAGCUGAAGAAUUUGAUUUCGAGCUAUGAAUUUGCUCCUCGUGUUGCAGCAUCCUCUGUUGCAGCUGCUUCAGCCCCGAAGCCAUCUUUUGGUGGACGGAAUUCGCUUACAGACUGGACUGAACACGAGACAUUUGUGUUACUUGAUGCUUGGGGUGACAAGUUUCUUCAACUUGGGAGGAAGAGCCUUCGGUCAGAGGAGUGGCAGGAAGUAGCAGAGAAGGUAUCACAAGAGUCAAAAAUUGAGAGGACGGACACACAGUGUCGGAAUCGUUUGGAUACUUUGAAGAAGAAGUACAAAAAGGAGAAGAUGAAGUUGGCAGAGACUGGUGGAGGUGCUAGCAAAUGGGUUUAUUUUAAAAAGAUGGAUAUGUUGAUGUCUUCAUCAUCAAGACAAGCUGGACUCUCAUGUGGAUUGGACUCCGGGGAGUACGUGUUCAUGAAUCCAAAAGUUUAUUUGAACCGUGCAAAUGUGUUGGAUGAGAUGAGGGAUAGCCCCGGUAAUUCAGAAUCAACAACCGAUGAGGAGGAUGAUUCAGAUGGACUUCCACCAAAGAGGCCUAGGUCUAGAAGGAAGAGCGACGAGGGGUCGUCCUUUAGAUUGCUUGCUGAUUCUAUUCAGAAGUUCAGCGAGAUAUAUGAGAAGAUCGAGAAUAGUAAGAGGCAGCAGAUGGUAGAACUGGAAAAGAUGAGGAUGGAUUUUCAUAGGGACUUGGAGCUGCAAAAGAGACAGAUUCUUGAGAGGGCACGGACUGAGAUUGCGAAAAUACGUCAAGGUGAUGAGGAGAAUGAUGUCUCAGCUGAGAACAUCAGUGGAUGAUACAUGGAUUUCCUAGACCUGAUUGUAUGCUUUUGCUGUUAUUUGCAAUUGGCCGCUUGCUGUUGUUGUAUAAUAGCUACAUCCUGUUGUACCCCCUUGGUCUUUCUGUUUAUUUCUUUUUCACCUUAUUGCGAGGCAAUAAAACAGCAGAUGAUGUAUCUUGAGUUGCUAGCCAUAAUUGAAGAAAUAACAGAACAUACUAUUAGCA